AUGACGAUGUGGCGCCAUGGGUUGAACAAAAUUGUCAGAGCGACCUCGCGUCGGUCGAUAGCUCCUUCCGGAUUUGCGGCAACAAGGUGCUAUAGUCUGCCGGCUGAACCGAACGAUGUUGCUGUUCUAGGCGGAGGUAUUACUGGUCUCGCUACCGCACACUAUCUUGCUCGAUCGAACCCCAAUCGCAAAAUCACCAUCUACGAAAGCUCGCCGCGGCUGGGAGGCUGGUUGCACACAGAAAAGGUGGAAAUAGAUGAUGGUCAUAUCCUCUUUGAGAAGGGACCAAGGACACUUCGACCCGCUGGCAAUGGUGCUCUCACCGCUCGUCUGGUCAACCAACUCGGUCUUGAGGACGACACUAUCUUCACUCUCAAGACUGCUCCCGCUGCAACCAAUCGCUACAUCUACUAUCCCGAUCAUAUUGUUCGAGUCCCUGCACCUGACCCUCAGAAAGGCUUUGUAGCCAAUUUGAGUGCCUUCAUCUAUGCUCUUACCUCCGAGCCAGCUUUUAAGGGAAUUCUUACUCGUGUCUUGCUCGAGCCCUCCGUCUCUGCUAGAGAUCCUAGUGUGACCGAUGAGUCUGUUGGUGACUUCUUUGUUCGACGUAUCGGUCGAAGGCUGGUUGACCAAGUCAUGUCAGCCGUCGUUCAUGGUAUUUACGCUGGUGACAUCUACCAACUUAGCAUGAAAAGCUUGUUCCCUAGCAUCUGGAGACUGGAAGAAGAACACGGUAGUAUUCUCGCCGGUCUAGUGCACAAUAUGGCUGAAGGAGCAAAGAUUCCUGCAAAGGAGAUCGACUUCAUCAACGCCAUGAAACAACCAUAUCCAUUCAGUUCCGAAUUUCGGAAGAACUUCCGAAGAUCAAAUGUCUUUACCUUCCGUCAUGGUAUCCAGCAGCUCGUCGACAAAUUGGAAGAGUCCCUCAAGCAACAAUCAAAUGUGACUUUCCAACUGAACCAAGAGAUCACCGAUGUCAAAAACACCGAGCACAAUGUGAAGCUGGAAGCCAAGCACUCGACGAAACAAUCUCUCGAAAAACACAAACACACACAUGUGAUCUCUACCCUGUCGCCUGACACGACAUCAAGGGUCGCCUCCUCGAUGAACCGCGACUUUCUGAACUUGCCUGUCUGCCCAACACCAACUGUGAUGACCGUAAACCUGUAUUACCGAACUCCAAACCUCAAUCCCCCUGGCUUUGGGUACCUGAUCCCUCUUGACAUUCCCAUCGAUCAGAACCCAGAGCGUGCACUAGGCGUCACAUUUGACACUGCCUACUCUGCUUCAACACCAAGCGACAAGGACUUUGUUGGGCCUAUGCAAGACACUGUAUCCAAUCGUGGAACCAAGCUCACAGUCAUGUUGGGAGGUCACUUCUGGAAUGGCUGGUCAUCUUAUCCCACCAAGGAAGAAGGUCUUCAAAUGGCAGAGUCUGUCGUCGGAAGGCACCUUGGUAUCACAGAAAAACCUGCAGCACACUCGGUCAAUCUCAACCACAAUUGUAUCCCUCAGUACACUGUAGGCUUUGAGGACCGAGUGAAGCGGUUCCACGACGAGCUCUCAAUGCGUUACUCUGGCCGUCUGCGGGUUGCUGGCAACUGGGUCAGGGGUGUCGGUGUCAAUGACUGCAUCAGAAGCGCCUGGGAGGUUGCUCGCGAACUUGACACCAGCGAUCUUACUGGACUUGAAUGGCUUGUCAAGCCUAAGAAUUGGGUCUCAGUCAAGGUCAAAGGCAGUUGA